ACCAUUAAUCAAAUAAGAACUGUCUUAUAAAUAUUUGACGAUGACACUUAGCUAGAUAAUUAGCUAGCUAACUAUAACGACUGAAACAGAUUAUGUCGUUUUGCUAUGUUUUUGGGGAAUAACUUUGUUUGCCUCUAUCAGCUAGCUAGCUUUAUUACGACCAGCACUGUCCAGAGCUUGGCGAAGUGUGUCUGCGCUCGUGCGGCACCGACUCUGGGCGCCAAAGUUUUACCAGCGUCAUUAUUAUAUGACGUGCAGUCAAAUUCGGGUCCUGAUCAAACUGCGUUCUCUUAUGAACCCUCUUUGCACCUUUAAGACCGCUCUUUCAAAGUCACCGAGAUCUCUUCUAGCCAUGACUACAUUUAAACAGGUGACUUCUCUAUAGUGCGAAAUGGAUUAUCAACACCAUAUUACCUCAUGUCCUUUGAGAAUAAUUUGCCUUUUUAAUCUGGUAUCCUCUGUAUUGUUGUCCAGCUGUCCUCAUAUCUGUGACCCAGGCUUCAUUAUUGACAAGUGUAAGUGUGUCCCUUGUCCCGAUGGCCAAUACUGGUACACGCAGAACGGCCUUCCGAAGUGUGACCGCUGCAGCGAAGCAUGCUCAGUUGAUCUGCACUUGACACAGGUGAAGGCAUGCGGCCCGGACUCAAACCGUGAGUGCCACUGUGACAGCGGCUUUUUCUGUGUCAUCGCUGUCCAGUAUACCUGCAGGAAGUGUAAGCCGUGCUCGCCCGGAACCUUCUCUAACAAACCAAACCUAACCAUGUCCUGCAAACCCCACACAGAUUGUGGCCAUAAGGGAAUGACCAUGGUGACAGAGGGCACUGCCUCUCAGGAUCGUGUAUGUGCCCAGACCUCCCCUAACUCUCCUACAACCACUGCCCCUCCAACUGUCCACAGCUCAGAGAUAGGCUUUCAUUCUUCUACCUCCAGUGGAGUCAGCACCACCCGAAAAACCCUCAUCAUAGCAUCCCCAUCUGGACUGGUGGGGUCUACAUCUCCUGAUGCCUUUCCCAUAACCACAAUUUACACAUCUGCAGACCCUUCACCAGCCUUACUCACCAGGCCUUCUCUGUCCCAAGCCCAGAGCGAGCCCUCUACCUCCCCCCCAACUAGGAAACAAGUCACUGAAUACAGCUCUUUUGACCCCAACACAAAGCUCACCACCAGGAGAAACCCCAGCAAGGUGGACAGUAACACCUCACCUCCAGAGUCUGCCUCUGCACGUCCUCUUACCAUAGAAGACAAUGACUCACCUCAUCUCUCAACAACAGAUACUGGACCGAGCCCUCCCAAUCUCCCUUGGCAGUUGCUGAUAGGUGGGCUACUAGGGGUUGUCGUGCUGCUGGUUGUUUACUUUGUCCGUUGUAGGGAGAGGUCACUGAAGUCCAUGGACAAGUGGAAAGGUCCAGUAUUUGCUAAAAAUAUGGCUUCCUAUAUACAGGCCCAGCCACCACAGGAGAGUUACCCACACCUGGAAGCCCAGCAUCUUCUGGAGAGGGAGACUGGGGGAAAUCCUAGACAGGAUGGUGCAGGGUUGCUACCUCCAGGGGUCAUGAAGCAGGUCACAGUGGACCACUCUGGAGGAGAGAACAUUAGCAACACAGUGGGGUCCAUUUACAUCUACUCUCCGGGGACUGUUGUCCUGGGAUUCAACAAGUCGGAGAGGAAGGUGGAUCAAGUGGAGAGUGGAGUAGAGGGCUGUCCCCUCACCAGAACACCCCAGCAGGAGUCCUCCUGCCCCCUCCCCGAGGGCACUGCUCUGGGACCAGAGAGAAUGAGUACACAGGAGGAGACCUGCAAAGAGCUGAGAUACCCCAUCCCAGCCACCAGCAACUGA